AACUCCUCGGCAGUCAGCGCCAGGUGGAUCAGACCUCAGGUCAGCAAUGGGGAGAUCACUGAGUAUCAGCUGCGCGUGGACGGAACAGUAGUGUACAAAGGGUUGGAGAUGGAGCACACAGUGUCGGGACUUACUUCCUAUAAAGAUUACUCCUUCACUCUAACAGCCUGUACCCAGGGAGGAUGCACGCAAAGCCCCCCGUCACAGGGCGCACCGACGAUGCCCCUCCCACUGACCUCGAUCCUCCCGUCCUGCGCGUUCUGGGCUCCACGGGGAUCGAAGUUUCAUGGUCACCGCCGAGAAACCCUAACGGCGUCAUCGCCUCCUACGACGUGCGGCGCGGUGGACAGUUGGUAUUCACCACGGCCAUCAACCCUGCGGGAAACAUCCAGAACACCUACACCGACUACGGCCUGCGGCCAGGUGAGGAGUACACAUACACCAUCAUCGCCCGCAACAGCAAAGGCAGCAUUGAAAGCCCUCCCGCCACGGCCCGCACCUACUCUUCUUCUCCCUCGGGCCUGGCCCCGCCUACUUUGGAGCCCCUCUCCUCUACUGCCAUCCGAGCAUCGUGGACGCCGCCCAUCAACCCCAACGGCAGGAUCGCCAACUACAGCCUGUAUCGUAAUGACAGCUUGGCGUACUCGGGCGGUCCUGAUCAGCUGACCUACACCGUGCCGGGUCAAUUUCUUCACGCGCUACACCUUCCGCCUCCAAGCUUGCACGGACAGCGGCUGCGCGCUUACUGAACCCGUUACCGCGCAGACGCGGGAGGCGGCGCCAGAACUACAGGAAGCGCCCUCCCUGACAGCGCUGGCCAGCGAGGCCGGGGCCCACCUGGGUGUGAUGGCUACCUGGCGCCCACCUGUCAGACCCAACGGUGUCUUGCUGAGCUACCAGCUGCAGAGGAGGGCUGUUACGCAGCUUGAUGCGGGUGAGCUGUACGGGGACCCGCUGUUGGUGUACAACGGCACUAACCUGCAGGUGACCGACACGGAUCCGCGCGUGCUACCAUACCACACGUAUCAGUAUAUGGUCAGCUCGGUCAACAGCGCCGGUACGGCCUCGAGCCAAUGGGCUCGCGUCACCACCAGACAGGCGCCGCCUGCGGCACUCGAUGCACCUGUCAUAUUGAGUGUUACGACGACAACCAUCACAGUUCUUAUCACACCACCAGCACAACCCAAUGGCGUCGUGAAGCUGUACAAUGUCUUGGUGGAUGGAGAAGUGGCAGCUUCAGGCUUGACCCUUCAGCAGACGGCGGGAGAUGCUGUGCCCUGUUUCCAUUCACCUCCUACACCGUUCAGGUUCAAGCCUGCACCAGCGGGGGCUGCACCAACAGCAGCGGGGUGACUGUUAGGACGACAGCGGCCAAACCGUCAGGCCUGAAGCCCAUCGUAGUAGUGGAGACCAACAGCUCUGCCAUGGCUCUAGCGUGGACUUACCCUAGCAGUUCUAAUGGAGUCAUACUCAGGUUCGUCGUGUACCGCCGUCUGGCCUGUCCCCUCGCUGAGCAACCUUUCUCUCAGCCAGCCUGCGUCCCCGGAGACGCACAGGAGGUGUACCGGGGACUGGACACGAUCCUGACCACCAGCGGGCUGGCCUCCUACACGGCCUACGAGUUCCUCCUGCAGGCGGAGAACGAGCUCGGCUCCGUCGACCUCCCCGUGUGGGUCAGAGCCGUCACGGCGCCGGCAGCGCCGCAGUACGUGAAGGCCCCGGUGUUGACCAAGAACGGCACCCUGGCUGUGGUGGACUGGACCCAGUCAUUCGCCCUGAAUGGUCGGCUGCGAGACUACGUCCUCAGCGCAGACGGCGAGGUGGUCAGCAAGACCAUCAGUUCGGUGGGUGGAGUGGAAAGGUUGACCAAAGACAAAACUAUCACCUUCAUCAUUCAGGCCGUGACUGUGGUGGGCCAGGCUCAGUCACCUCCCAUCAUUUUUGAUCCUAAUGCUGCUAACAACACCGGCGUAACGAACCCAACGCCCACUGCCUCGCCCACUACAGACGAGAAUACAUUUUACAAAGAAGUGUGGUUCAUCAUCGUAAUCGUCAUCGUGGGCCUCCUUAUCAUAGCCAUUAUCAUCGCUAUUUGCUUCCGGAGGUCGUACAACCAACAGCCCUACAUCCGUGAGCGCUUGCCGCUGGAACCGCACCGACCAAGCGACCACGUGACCUCUACGUCAUCGACGCUCGAGAUGGCAGCGUCAUCGACGGGAUGCAGCCGCCUUCAAGAAUGUCCGGCAGCAGCUUCCUGUUCCAGGGCCUGGGCCUUGGCGCUGUCAACCCCGCCUUCACCGCGGACCGCGACCUGUACUCGCUGUCGCUGGACCGAGCGUCCAGCUCCUUAGAGGACGACCCUGAUGCCACGUGGGAGAGAAACUACGACAGCGGGCUGUUCGAUGACGAGGACAUGGACAGCGUGAACGAACCAGCCUACAGCUACAGCAGACAGCAGAUGAUCUUCACAGACACGCAUCUGUGACCGCACAGCUUCACACACACACAGUUACACGGGUUCUGAGAGCGGUGUCUUAGGCGACAACUUUCAAGGCUUUGUUUGUAAACCGAUAAAAAGCUCUGGAGCAGGAUUAGACCAUUUCAGAAUGAAAAGCUGCAUUUCUGUAGUUUGGGAUGAUGCCAUCAAGUCGUCUCUUCUAGGUCUUAGUUGACAUACACCCCGUGUAUUGCAUAACAUUCAACUUGAUUUUCCACUGAGAUUCUGGAAAACUGAUGCCGUGUUUGUCUGCUUCUCAUAAUCUUGGCACUUGCGUUCUUACGGAAGAAUAAGAGGGGUAUGUGAAAAAAGAAUGGACGGAGAGGAGGAUGACAAGAUGACCCCUUCCCUUAGUGCGUAUGUUGCUGAGUUCAGUUUGGGAGGGGCCGUAGUUUGGCUGGGAGUCCACGUACCUCGGAGAUCAUCCUACCGUGGGUAUCAUCUCAACUGGCAUUGUAACUGUUUUGCUGAUCGUAUCUUAAUUAUGAUUAUAUCUUAAUUAUGCAUAUGAUUUCAACAGACAUCAGCUUGUACGGCUGCUUUUGAAUCUCAUUGGGUGUGACAGCAAGGGUCAACUUUCUUCAGAUGACUACCCUCAUAUCUGUCAUCACAGAGACCCCGACCUUACAAUCUUGUACAACGAGCGACUUUUUUUUCGCAGACGGCUUGGGCACCGUAUUCUUUAUUUCUGUGUUUUAUGUAUUUUAGGCAUUUUUGCUGAUAUUUCACUUGUAGUAGGCUAUGAAGAAUCUUUCUUACACCUUGCUUGAUAACUUUUGUGAAAGCAAAUUUUUUCUCCAAUGGAUAUUCAGUAUAGUUCCCUUGUCCUAGCUGCACUUCAGCGCUUUAAGCCUGGAACUGUACAGCAAGAGCAGCUGACACAAUAAUCCGUGGCAUAGGUGUUUGUUUCACAUCACAGAUUUGCUGUCUCCGAGCAUCAGUAUACCUCAUCACUAACUGUCGUUUGGACAUUUAUUCUGUAUAUGUAUUUCUUGUUAUGAUCACACCAGUCAUAGUUUUGUGUGUACUAUAUUUAAAAAUCGUUUUACUUUUUUAACUACCGUCAUUAGUAAAAGAAAAUUAAAGAGAAAUAAAGA